GAUAACUUCACUGGUGCCCGUUAAUCCCUCAGCGAUUCGAAUAUGCAUUGAUGGGAACCUUUCAAAACAACAUGGCGGCCUCCAUGGACACAGGAAAGCAUGAAUGUGACCUGAGCAUACCGUUCCCCUCAGCCAGAGAGGCAGAAAUUGCCUACAACACCCUGAGAGUCGACAAGGAACCCAGGAAAGAAAUUACAAAGGAGCUCCAACUUGUUGAGAAUACUUUAAAAGUGAGGUUUACAGCAACUGAGGCCAGACUACUGAGAGUGGCUGUUGGAUCUUUCAUGGAUUACUUGAAUCUGACCAUCCAGACGAUGGAACACUUUGGCCCUCCCAUGAAGAGAGUUCGACCAACUGAAGUCCAGGAACAGAGCACGGAUGAGGUGGCAUCAUGACUUCAACUUCUCAAGUAGGCACUGUGUGAUUGAAACUACAAUGGCAAUCUUUAUGAGAAGUAGUCAUUGCAUCAUAUGGAUACCAUCUUUAACCGAAGCUCCAUUUGGACCUUAACGUUGAGCGAAGGAUUUUCAACGCUCCCUCCUACUUGAGAAGAUCCACACUAUGGCCUGCAUUAAAGUGACAUGUUUUCCACAGGUAUGUGGAAGAAGAAUGGUUUCUGUAAUUGCUGAUACAUAUAUUAUGUGUGGUGUGUCUGGAAAUGUUCAGAUUUCAAGUAUAUGUACUUCAGUGACCCACUGUUUGCACAGUUUCCACCGUUGGAAUUUGAUGUCAGUGUUCUUCAAAAAAAGUUUAUUCACAAUUCCUCAUAGAUGUAAUGAGUCGGCUAAUUUGGUUGACCCUUAGCCUUUUUGUCCAAUAAGCAGACUGAAAUAACAUCUAUAGUUAGCUUGCACUAAAACCUUAAAGGGAAAUAACAACAUUUGCAAACAUUGAAUAAUAAAACUACCGAGUUUUUACGAAA